ACUCCAGGAUUCUUCGGCUUCGGACACCAGAAUGUCCACAAUCUUUCUUCUCCUAACUUUACCGACAACAACUCACAAAACAACUCACAAGAGAAUCAUAAAUGGUUCGAUGGCAAUAAAAUGAAACCACCAGGAUUCUUCGGCUUCGGACACCAGAAUGUCCACAAUCUUUCUUCUCCUAACUUUACCGACAACAACUCACAAAACAACUCACAAGAGAUUCAUAAAUGGUUCGAUGGAAAUAAAAUGAAACCACCUGGAUUCUUCGGCUUCGGACACCAGAAUGUCAACAAUAUUUCUUCUUUUAACUUUACUAACAACUCACAAGAGCAGCAUAAGUGGUUCGAUGGCAAGCAAAAUGAAACCACCAGGAUUCGUAGGCUUCGGACAGCAGAAUGUCCCCAAUCUUCCUUCUUUUAACUUACCGACAACAACUCACAAUCAAAGCAUAAUUGGUUCGAUGGAAGCAAAAUGAAACCACCAGGAUUCGUAGGCUUCGGACAGCAGAAUGUCCCCAAUCUUCCUUUUAACUUUACCCACAACAACUCAUAAGAGAUUCGUAAAUGGUUCGAUGGAAGCAAAAUGAAACCUCCAGGAUUCCUCUCAUGCUUCCAAUAACAGAACAUUCACAAUUUUUCUUCUUUUAACUUUACCCACAACAAUUCACAAGAGAAACCUAAUUAUUUCUUUGUACAAUGUUACGACCAAGAUAAGCCUGUAGAUGCCUGCUCCAGACAGACCAAUCAGAAAACCCAAAAGGCUCCUUUUCCCUUUCCUUUUUCAAAUAUUCCCCAAGAAACACGAUUCGUCGAUGUUUCUGGACAAGGUUACGGCAAAGAUAAACCCUGCAGAAUUCAUUUCCCUGGUAUGUCCUACUGGUUCGACUGACCAAAAUAUGCUUAAUAUGCUUCCAGAUAACCCUAACCCAAAUUCAAAAUUUGGAUUAAACACGCCCAAUCUGAAUGAUCCUUCCAUAAAUCUGGUCAGGCACACCAUUAAGGACAAGAUUAGGUUAGAAUGAGUUAAUGAACUUCUUUUCCUCGCCCUAACCCUGGAGAAAUUAUUGAUCAGCAUCAGCUUACAAGUUUAUUUACAAACUUCUUGUGAAUGGACAGAAUAAAUCCAUGUAUUUUUCCCUAACAUUGGACGCAUCCAGGCGACCACGACAACCUGGAGGUUUCUUCUCCAAAUUUGGACUGACCAAGUCCAAAGAUAAUCCUGAAGUGUUCUUCCCCUAAUCUGGACAAUGGUGUGGCCAAGAUAAACAUUCAGCUUUCUUCACAAGCUUUACACAGAACAGUCGCAAAGUCAAAGUUACAAGUUUCUUUCACAAUGGUAGCAGCUCACUGACCAAGAUGAAGAUGUGAUUCUGUCUCCACUGUCAGACCUAUUUACUUCAGAGAGAUACACAAUUCUUCUUAAAUCUUCGACUGAUCCAGCAGACGAGGACAAUUUGAAAGAGAGAAUACAGUUUUUCUAAGAACCCCUUGAAAUGUGCCUUACCUGUAAAAAUAUCACAAUUUUAAUGACAUUACUAUGUUAACCAGAAAAAUAACACUAUAUUAACCAGAACAAGAACACGAGUAUUUAAAGGACCAGUUAUGAGUUCUUUUCAUUUUAAAAAAUAAAAUAUUGUAACGCAAAUAAAUAUCGAAAGCAUUCAUUUCUUCUUUGACCUUUAAUUCAUCGCACUGGAAUGAUCAGGUAGUUGAACAGAUCGAACACCAGUAUAUGGAGACAAACAAAUGUUGUGACACUGAGAUCAAAGCUGACUAACCGACUACUAACAUCCUCUUUUACACCGAUUAUCUCCUGCCUGUAAAGAAAAAAAGCUUUUAUAACUAAUUUGUACUAUUUAAUGUGUUACCCAAACCAAAAGCAUCUAAAAAUGUGUGAAUUUUUGGUUCUAGCCGUACCUACGGCACCAUUCAGUUUCUGGCAAGGGCCGACAACCAACUACUCCGCCUAGACAUCAACCUUGGGUUGCCUUUCUUGUGCGCUCCACUGCUUCUUGCGGGAAAGAGCAAUGAUCGGGACGAACGGGUACAUUCGUACUUUUUAAAACUAUUUGUCAGACCGCAUCGUGACCGGAAAAAUCCGCUCUUGCACGAAUGAUUUCUUUGCACCCGAUGUUGGACAGAGGUGGUCUACCCGAGGUGCUGCGAGCGGAAGGAAGCGUCACGAUCUCCCAUUGGGGCGGUAAUGGCUGCCUGACCUCUGACCUGCAGCGUCCGUGUGACGUUGACUCACCGGUGACGCAUGUAACGCUUGACUGCCUCCAGCUUUGUCUGUCUAUGCGUCAUUGUCAUGUGAUCAUACUAGCUUCCAAUUCCUCACGCACGUGUCCUUUUCACACUGACAACGCGAGUGGUACGAUGGUACAAAAUUAUUAUCCUUACAUGACCCUUGGACUUUGACCCAGUCCGAGAAUAUUCACUAUCUCGGCGAAUGUUGCAGCUUUUACUGCGUUUGAUUGUUUGGCAUACUGGAAAUUUAUUUUCGAGCGUGAGGAAUGAAUGUCAGCGCACCUACCUACCCGACAGAGUGAUUAUCAGGGCUAUCGGGUACAGCCUGUGGUCGCUUUGUCUCUAGGUACCCGUCACAGAGACUGCACCCUCAAGAGCAUGGAAGCUCCAAUUCCAACCUCGGGUACAAUAGAAAGGGGGGAUGGAGGUCGGUUUGACUAAGCAAAAAAAGCUUUCUGAAAGAGAUAGGAGUGGAUAGGUUUGUCAGCACCCUGAAGCCUGUUGCGGUUGAGUAACGGUGGGUAGGGGGAGAUAUGGGGGGUUGGCUCACGAACCGUUUGAUAUAAAAGCCGAAUUCUGUCCGAAAGCCAGGCAUCCUUGCACCUCUACUCUAAGGUACGACAACGAUCCUCAGACCUCAAGCUCUCACCAUGAAGCUGUCCCUCCUGGUACUCGGUGUCCUGCUAUGUGUGGCGCUCGUCUUGGCAAAGCCUCCUAACAGACCACCACCUGACGUACAAAAUCCUCAAGGACAACCACCUCAAGGACCACCUGCUGAUGGACGACCACCUCAAGGACCACCUGCUGAUGGACGACCACCUCAAGGACCACCUGCUGAUGAACGACCACCUCAAGGACCACCUGCUGAUGGACAACCACCUCAGGGACCACCUUCUGAUGAAAAACCUCCUAGAGGAUCAGGGACGCCUCCCCAGCCCACUGGGACUCCUCCAUCAGGGAAUCCUCCCAGAACCCCUCCUCCACCACCAGUGUAAUGAUGUGGACGCCUCCUGUGAAGAGCAUACAGUACGAUGCUCACCAUCUGCAGCAAGCUUUGGCAAGGGAACCCUGCAUGCAACAAACCUUACACAUCAUCUCAUAAACUCGAGUGCCCAAACUUGUCCAGAAACCAAUCUCAUCUAACACAUCUUCCUUCAAACCUGCACUGUUCUGUAUUGAUAACGAAGUUCCAUAAGAAGUCGAAAGACAGGAUUGCCAAGACAUCUACACUUUCUGAAAACAAGCUUCUGUCCUUUCCAUGCAUGCUUUCUUAGACUACUUAAUAAAGAGAAAUGAAACUGAA